UUUUCUGUGUGGCGAGAAUUUGGAUUUUAACUCAUCUGUUUCAGAUCUGACAGAGGGUGGACGGAACUUUACGCAGGAAACAGAAAGUGAGUCUGCGAGGCUGCACCUGAGGAUAUUUCUACUGGCUGAAUUUGAACCCGUAUUCUCCUCCCAACUCCACUUGUUGAUGGAGCACAGACAGGCUAUCCCAGCAGUCCUACCGCGGAGAUAUUCCUAUGUGUAGUUUGGAUAAAACCCCUGUCAGACGGCAGGGAGGAGGAAGUUUGAACCUGUGAGGUGGCAGAUGGUGGUGAUGUUUGGCGACCGGUAACAGUUCACGGCAUCAGAUCGUAUUACGCAGGCUGCCACCAGGUGAGCAGCGGCAUGGGGAACCAGAUGGACAAGCUGUCACAUUUAAGUUACGCAGAAGUUCCAACAGUGGACCCGAACGGCGUGGACACAGAGGAAGGUCCGCGGAUCGGCGUUUCUUACAUUUUUUCUAACGACGACGACGAGCUGGAGGAUGGCUGCGCGGUCGAUGGCACAGCAAAGGACCCGAAUCAGGAAGAGAAACAAUACGACCAGCGCGAUGAGGUGGAGUGCGCCGUCUACAACAGAGACGAAUGCAUCUACGAGAAGAGUGUCAAGUCCGCCAGUUUGGAGGUUUACUCUCCGGAGAAUCUGCUGAACAAAUGCAAAGCAGGCGACUUGGUGGAGUUCGUGGCCACCGGUCAGUACCCACACUGGGCUGUGUACGUGGGGGACUUCCAGGUAGUGCACCUGCACCGAGCCGAGGUGAAAAACAGCUUUUUGACAGACGCAAGUCAGGGGAGGAGGUGUAGGAUUGUGAACGACUUGUACAAAUUUAAAGCUCUGGGUCCGGACAUGGUGGUGCAGAGCGCGAUGGAGCAGGUGGGCUUAAAGGACCAAGAGCUAAGCUGGAGGAAUUCGGAGUGCUUUGCAGCCUGGUGCAGGUUCGGGAAGAGGGAGUUCAAAAUGGGUGGGGAGAUACGGAUAGGCAAACAGCCUUACAGGUUGAAAAUAUUCAUGUCCGACAAGCAUUCCCACGUGCUGGAGUUUCAGAGUUUGGAGGACAUGGUCAUGGAGAAGAGGAGAAACGAUCAUCUGGGCAGGACAGCCGUGUUGCAGGAGCUGGCCACUCAUUUCAACAGUGUGGAGGAGAUAAAAAGUGAGCCAGACGCUGACUGAUACCAGCCCUCCUUUUGAAGCUUUCCAAAACGAUUGCUUUGCAAGUAGAGUAGCCUUUACCAAACUGUUACACCCUGCUUUAAUCUAUAGCAAGCCUUCACUCUUUCAUUUUAGUUUUAAUUGGAGCACAUGUCGUAAUUUCCACUUAGAUGGUGUCGUUUUAAUUAUGCGUUUUCCUCCAUGUAUUCAUUAGUCUAUAACAAUGUUAUUGCCUUAAAGCCACACUACUCAACAUCAUCUGAUGCUUAAUGGCCUUAGCAAUUAUGAAUUCAAUUAUCUGAAAGAAAUUGAAUUGAUUGAAGUAGUUGAUUGGCUUGUACGUAGCUCUCCACACAGUGUAUGGUUUUUAUAAAUGCUUUACACGUCUGUCUUGAACCGUCUGAUUCUGUACGCAUAGAGUGAAUGUUUCUCUAUUCAUAGUUUGUCCUGUUACUUGAUCCUUGUGUGGUUUAACUUCAUCUCUCAGCUCACCCAGACAGCAAAUGUGUCAAGAGUUGCUUGCUGAAUAUGAGAAGGAUUUUGC